UUUCACCCAUAACCAUGAAGGGGGGAGCAGUUGAGGCAGUUCAAGUUUCUAGCAGGGACAAUAAUGCAGACCCAUCAGUGGGGUUGAGCAGAGGGAUCUCCAUACUUGACCUUAUUCUAAGAAUUAUCGCCACAGUUGGUACACUUGCUAGUGCUGUUGUCAUGGCUACUACUGAGCAGACACUUCCAAUUUUCUCUCAGUUCAUCUUUAGAGCCCAGUACAAUGAUCUUCCUACACUCACGUUCUUCGUGAUAGCGAACUCAAUUGUGGGCGGAUAUCUGGUUCUUUUUCUGCCAUUAUCUAUCUUCCACAUUAUCAGGCCAUCAGCUAAAAUUAGUAGAAUCAUCUGUCUAGUCUUUGACACGGUAAUGCUGGCUCUUAUCAUUGCCGGAGCUUCUUCAGCAACAGCCAUUGUCUACUUAGCACACCAUGGUAACUCCAACGCUAACUGGCUAGCAAUUUGCCAACAGUUCAAGUCUUUCUGUCAACGUAUCUCCGGAUCUUUAAUUGGGUCUUUUGGUGCUGCAGUUCUACUCUUUUUCAUAAUCAUUAUAUCAGCUGUAUCCAUCUAUCGUGCAGCUGGCUAGAUGAUUGUAUGUUUUGCAAAGAAGAUCAAAUAAUCACUUAUUUACAACGCCAUACAAAUU